GAGUAUUGUGUGAAGAAUAUCUCUAUUGUGUUGUAUAAGGAUGAGAGUGUGAUGAACACAAUGUUUAGAUUAGUUCUAGUUCUAGCUUCUAUCCUCAUUUACUCAGAUACUGGACUGGGACUCCAUGAUAACUGUAGAUGUAAACCCGAAAGAAUUCAUCUGAAUGUUUUAAUAAACUGUCCUCCUGAAAAAGCUCAGCCAGAUGGAAGGUUUCAGUCAAAUGCUACAGUGCAUGGUGGGCCGGGGACCUGUAAGAGUCCUUGCAAGAUUAGUCCUGAAGGGUUUUCAUACUGUGAUACAAUAUCCCUUUUCUACAGGGAUAGCUCCUGGUAUGACUGGGAUCUAUGCUCUAUGUGUGACUCCAAUGAUCCAGAUAAAUUUUAUACUCCAUACUUACGGGAGUGUGCUAGGGAUGGUAAAUGCUCCAACAUCUGGUCAAACAGGGACCAAGAUGCUCCUAGAUGUAUGACAACUCAGGGUCUGCUGGAUUACUGUACAAUGUGUACUGCACAGCAAGGAGAAUCAAGUCUUGAAUGUCCAACUUUCAGGCCGGAUGAAAAGACAGGCUUAGAGCAGGGUUCAUUUGGACUCUGGGUCCAACCCAAUCCCAAGGAAAAAAUAGAAGAAAAAGGAAUAGAUAAUGGUAAUCAGAAUUAGAGGCUGAAAAUAAACUAAUUAUUUACCUUAAA